AUGAGGCUCCUCACGAAAAUCAUCGACUCCAAAAUCGAACAGUCCUCCUAUUCGAUAAGCAAAGAAACGUACAAUCAAUCAAUCAGCAAAAGUGCUAGUUCGCGGUUCGUCCCGGGCUCCCUUCCUAGCACGCCCUCUUCGUUUUGGCCGCCCGGUAUACAGUUCGGGCUGCAAAAGUCGCAAAGCGAGGUGGAGUGCACCAGAGGGUUCAAACCCUCCGACAGAAAGGAUCCGAAUAAACGAGAGUUCUUGCAGAGUCUGACCCAGAAGGUGUUCAAACUGGGACUGGACGAAAAUGUUCCCCCAAAAGCGAUCAACCUGGCAAAAAUUUUCACACCAGCAGAUGGCGAUCAAAUUAGACCUACUAAAACCAGAAAGAUGUUCGCAUCAUCUGCCUUUUAUGAGAAAGGGUUCCAUCCAACUGUUGAAGACCAAGUGAAACUGGCGCACAGAAUUUCGAGUUCUCUGAGUGAUAUCAGCAACCAGAGCAGCAAAGGACAGUCAAUGUACGUGAAUAGGAAGAAACGAUCCGUCAAAUGGGUUCAUGAAGGAGAAGGUCGUGGUGGUGUUAAUGGUAUAGAACUCCAAAACAAUGGCAGCGGUAGAUCGAAAGACCCCCUUAAACUUGUUAUGAACCCUCAUGGACAAGUCCAAGAUAUUUUCUCGCUGAGGAAGCAAGGGUUCAACGUAGAGCCUGAUCUACUAUCUCCGGAAGUUUGCUUGGAAAUUGUGAAGGGCCUUCACUCGCCUAAAGGAAAAGGCGCUGAAUUGUUCGCCAAGAGACGCAAACGCUCUGAGAAGUGGGUGGUCGGAGAGACCAACGGCACCAGACAGACUCCGGAGGUACCGGAAAUAGCCCCCACUCCGGUGCCCCUCUUAUCACCGCUGCCGCCAAUCAGCAGCUUUCCUCCGCCGAGCUACCUGCCGGAGACGGCCGAGAGGUUGCAGCACAAGCAGAAAUUGGACGGGAUACAGGAGAAAUUCAACCGGCCCCGCGUGAAGCUCAUCAAGUCUCCGUGGGACGCGGCCCUUGAGACCGGCUCUGUGGAGGCGGCCUUCUACGAGGAGCCCGCUUGGCCCACCAAGGGCAAUUACGUGGCGCCUGCAGUGGACUCGUACGAGUCGGCCCUGAGAAGGGACGAGUUGGCCAACUGGACAGUGCCCAAGGAGAAUACCAGGAACGAGCAGGCCAAUUGGACGGUGCCCAGAGAGAUGAAGAAGACAGGCGGGGAGUCCUACGCUCCCAAUCCUGCUUACAACAGCAGCAGCAUCAACAGGAUCGUCGAUAAUUUGCAGAAGGGCACAGGAGGGGUGGAUGUUUACAAGCCAGCUUUGCCUCAAGGGUGGACUGCUAAUAAACCAUGCGGUAACUACAACCAUAUCACAGUCGAUCUCCAGCCAAGGGAAGAAAGAAAAUCUCCUUCCCCUUUCCCUACUAUCCCAGACAUUUCCGCCAAUCCAGGCGACCUGGAAAUAGAAAAACCGAGAAGCCUAAGAUCACCUUCCCCUUUUCCCACAAUACCAGAUAUCGAGAUGAACCCUGAAUUAGUUUAUGAAGACUUUCCACCCAGAAAGGAAAAAUCUCCUUCACCGUAUCCGAAUAUUCCAGAUAUAUCUGUUGAUCCAGAACUCACGAUGGAACAACAGUUCGAAAAUCACUCAGAAUAUCAUAAUGAAGUAUAUGUGAGAAAAGACGAGAAUUCGAAUGAACAGUACGAAGAACACGAAAAAUUGCCCAUGCUCCAUAUACCAGACAUUUUCAAGUAUUUGGACAAAUCCAAAGAUACCAAUUUCUAUAGACCAGUCACUGACAUCAAACCUCGGCAAAUUCUCAAGCCUGAAUUCGGCUUUGCUCUAGACGAGCAUUGGGGUAAAACGAUUGAAAACAGCUUUUCUCCUACAACUUCAAACUUGGGAUCCCUUCAGUCUGAAAUUUUUGAGAGUCAAGGUCACUUCAAUGCUAGCAGAUCUUGUUCUCCGUACCCAGUGUAUGUUCCGACAUAUGAGCCUACAACAGAAGAGAAUAACAAAAAUCAAAGGCCCUCAUCUGAUGAAAGAUCGACGAACACAAAAAUCUUCAUUGAAACCUCAAAACCGAAGGAUCCAAAGUAUGAGGAGCACAUGAAGAAAGUAGCUUUGCUCUCUGAUAAAAAUAAAUCGGAGACUCUCAUGCUGCAGAAGGGGUGCUUCAAAGAAUUGAAGGAGAAAAAGAUAAUGAAGAAUGAGAGAACUCUUGAAAAAUUCUCUGGAGCUGAACAGAUUUAUUCUGAAGAAGAACCAGAGUAUGCUGAAGCAGAAGUAAAUAUAAAGGAUGUAGAAAUUCAAACUCAAGACUACGAGUCCACACAGUUUCAAAACUUUGGAGUAAAAGAAAAAGUUAUGAAAACUGAAACUACACCUUCCGAAAUCGAAUUGGAUAUAAAACAAAUUUCCAUUGAUGGUGACGUCCACAAACCCACAGACGAAAACAAUUCAUCGAAUGAUAAUGAAUUGAAGGAACAAGAAGUGUUAACAAAUGCUAAAUUAUUGGAGAAUAAUGAGAUGUUACAUAAUGCUGAGGUAUUGAACACUGCUGAAGUAACAGCGAACAAAUUGGUUGAACCCAUUGGAGAAGUGGCCGUAAUGAAGGAUCCAAAUGAAAGAACCACUGAGGUACCUGUAACUAACAGAAAAAACUCUAAAAAAGCCAGUCACGAUACGACUAUCGAGCCCAUAAGAUGCAAAAAGGCACCACAAGCAAUCAUUGGGGCUAGACCGCUUUUUGGGCAAUUAGACAUCAACUCAGAAUUCAAAAAGGCGGUCAUAGAUCGACAGAAGUCGGUGCAAUCUAAGAGAUCGAGGGAUGUCAAUGAAACUAUUAGUAAGUCCAACGGGACUGAACCAAGAAUAAAAGUGGAGAAAAUGGAAAUGGAGAGACGCGAAGAUAUUGGGGAAGAAUCAAAAUUGGAAACGCAAUUCAAAAAAAUGGAGACUGCGGAGGUGCAGAUUUUCAAUCCCAGUAAGAAUGAAGAGAUCGAAAAGAUCAAUUAUCAGCAAGAAAGGGAGUACCAUAUUGAUUUCCAGAAAGUAGGAGAUGAGAUUAUUUUACCAGAGAGUUAUUCUAAGAUCCUAGAUAAUCAAGAUGUUCGUGUGUUUGAGCUGCAGCUGAACAAUGAUACUCCUCACACUGACAUAGAAACAGGGGAGGACUAUAAGAAAAUACCAGUAAAAUCUUUGAUUCAGUCAUUUGAACAGUCAGCUAUGCCUGCCUUGAAGUAUAAGCAAUUAAGAGACCCUUUACCGGACGUAGUUGAAAAAUUCAUACCGGCACAGACCGUUCAAAAAAGCAACGGAACCAAAGAGAUCCAAAGAUCGUUUCAAGAAAUUGUUACAGAUGAUAUAUCGAUGAAUAUGUACCAUGUAGCAAAUGUGGAAGUUAAAUCUGAGUAUUUUCCUCCUGAUCAAUCCAAAAUGCAUUUCCAGUAUUCCCAGGAUAGCUCCUUCUGCAAAUAUUCGCCUCCCAUGCCUCCAGAUAUUCCUGCUGAUGUUGCUUGGCAGUCUACAGAAAGCAGCAAUGGUUUCGCUAAUAUGUUGCUUGAUGAAGGAUCAAACACUCUCCCGAGAUGCAAGCCCAAAGCUCCACUAUCGCCCAGCUACAAACAUACCACCAAAAACUCCCCGGUCUUCAUCCCAAAAGAGAACUACCCUUCUUCGCCACCGCAACCCUCCUCGCACGAAUACGAACCUACGCUGCAGAUAUCCGGGCAACAAUCGGGAAAGAAACUGGAUCUGGGCAACCUCCAGAACUACAACACGGCCCCUAGGGGCUGGGGCGAGUCCAAGACUUUCUACAGGCCUGUCAGAUUGGGUCAGCCUAGAGGGGCUUACUCUGAUUUCUAG